AUGGGCGACUAAGACUCGAUCUAUGGAGAACUUUGCAUCUCCCUUGUCGAAUCCUAAUGGAUAACCAAAAGUAUCCUCAAAUUGAUAGUGCAACAAAGUUCUGCAAUAAUUGUCAACAAGCAUAUGAACUCCAUUCUGCCUCAAUUGGGAUACAAUUGGUUCAGAGAGUAGGUUAUUGUAUUGAUGGAGGAGUACAAUUUGAGAAGUGACAAUGUUGAAGAAAAUGUUAUUGAAGACCCUGAGCCAAUUGCUGUCAACAUAGAACAUUGGAGGAGGUGUCAAGGUCAAGUCACUUAGGGUGUGUCUAAAGAAAACUCCCACUCUCCUGUGAUUCAGAGAAAGGAUACUAAAAUAAUGUCCAAAUUGAUGACCAUUCGGACUUCCAGACCAAGCGAAUGCUUUGAUUCCUAGCUUAUCAAAAUGGGUGACUCUGAAGAUGAAUAAGAAUUCGACCCAAACAUUGAAAGUAUAAGGUAGGCUAAACUGAGAUAAAUUACAAUUCAAUAAUAAAAAGAAUAGAAUGACAAAAUUAAAGUACUCGAAGUCCAAGAACAAGUGAAGCAAUUGAAAAGAUUAAAUGUGGAUUCCAAAUCCAAAUACACUUUUGAUUAUGAGGGCAAGGUUGUUGUCUAGAAACCUCCAGAUUUUGAGAGAUAUCCAAAAUCAUUCUAAAAUAUCAGUGAAAAACGAAGUUUAGUGGAGGUGAGAGAUCUUAUCCCGAAUCACAAGGUGCAAUCAGAACUCAUACAAUUGACUAGUAAGAAUAGUCAAAAUAUUGGAUAAAACAAUUAAUUUGCCAUUAAAACCUCAGUCUCCUAAAUCGAAUUGAUGAUCAUGAAGGAAGGUGUUACAUUCUAUGAUGGUAAACAAGAGAAGAAGAAAAACAGAACCUUUCCCUUGAUGGAUAUCAAAGACCCCCUCUAACUCCAGUAAACAUUGCAAAGACAAAAUGUACAAAUGUCUAAAAUAGAAUAUGAAUAAAUUACCAGCACUUCUUAAAAUAAUAAUAACUAUCACAAUAAAAAAAUGAGUCUUUCAAAUUCUUAAUAAUAAUAAUCACACUAAUUUACAACUAGAUUUUAGUAGCAAAAUGAUGAUCUAUAAAAUAUAAAUGACAGUCUCGUAAGUUAGAGGGCACCUAAAAAUCUGACCACCAUGAAUCAUUCAAUCUCGUCCUCAAUUAUAUAAAAGUUGAAUGGUUCCAUCUCUAUAUUAAGUGAACAAUAAUUCGAGGAAUUGCUCAUUCCUUAAACUGAAGGUAAUAGGGAUCAAAGAGAUCACCCCUUAUUCCUCAAGAGAAAGAAGACUGAAGUGGAAGUGAAACCAGCAAAAACAAUCCCAACCUUUGAAUUGCCUCAGAUACCUCCAAAUAUCUUAUCGAAUACAUUGAGUAAAUUGCCUAGGUCAUUUCAGAGUCAAGGCACCUUUCCCAAAUUAAUUCCCAAGUUUCCCAGGCAGAGAAUUUCCAAAUAGGCUAUCCAAUUAAAAAUUGAAACUUGA